CGACUAGGGUUUUAGCACUCCCAGUCCCGGCUCCCGCCGUCGCCUCGACGCUUCCCCCCUCUUCCUCCGCCGCCAACCCAGCGAGAGAGCUCCCAGUCCGCGAAGACAUGGCGGGGAAGAAGCGCAAGUCCGGCUCCGAGAAGCCGACGAAGCACCGCCUCCCGCUGGGAGCCGAUGCCGACGCUGUCGCCGAAGCCUCGAAGCGCCGCCGAUCGGGCGCCACCAAGCAGCACCAGGCGGACGAGGAAGCGUCCAUCCCGCCCUCUCUCAGCGCCAAGAUCCUCCGCGAGGCGCGCAAGCAGCAGGAAGAGGAGAUGCGCGCCGACUCCAGCGACGAACAGCGACCCUCAGCCGUCGAGGCGACCGCGGGGCCGUCCACGUCGUCCUCGUUUCCCGUCCCCGCCGCCGACGGCGAGAAUGAGGGGGACGACGUCGAUGAGUUCGACGGGUUUGACGCGCUGAGCGAGUACGAUGGCGGUGAGGUGGAGAUCAACGAGGAGGACGAGAAGGCCCUCGCUGCUUUCAUGUCAAAGGACAAAGCUGCCGAGCGCACCCUUGGCGAUAUCAUUCUCCAGAAGAUCAGGGAGAAGGACGCCGAGGUCGCAACUGGUGAAGGACGACCUCGUGUAAAAUUGGACAACAGCAUUAUUGAACUUUAUAAAGAGGUUGGGAAGUUCUUAAGCCGGUACACGAGUGGGAAAAUUCCGAAAGCCUUCAAGCGCAUACCAUCGAUGGAGUGCUGGGCAGAUGUUGUGCAGCUAACGGAGCCAGAGAAUUGGUCUCCUAAUGCCGUGUAUCAAGCAACACGCCUCUUCUCUUCGAACAUGAACACAAAGAAUGCUGAGCGGUUCUAUGAAGCCAUUUUGCUACCCCGUGUUCGAAAUGACAUAAGGAAGAACAAGAGGCUGCAUUUUGCACUCUACCAGUCGCUGAAGAAGGCCCUUUAUAAGCCCGCGGCAUUUAACAAGGGAAUUUUGCUACCACUCUGUCGGGAAAGGAAUUGCACCCUACGCGAAGCAGUGAUUAUUGGGAGUAUUAUCCAGAAAGUUUCCAUUCCAUUUCUCCAUGCAAGUGUAGCUCUAGUAAAACUAGCAGAGAUGGAGUACUGUGGCACUACAAGUUACUUCAUCAAGCUAUUUCUAGACAAGAAAUAUGCUUUGCCAUACCGUGCACUUGAUGCAGUGCUUGCCCAUUUCAUGCGUUUUGUUGAUGAUGAGAGGAUCAUGCCUGUUAUAUGGCAUCAAUCACUGCUUGCAUUUGUGGAAAGAUACAAGAACGAGUUAGAGAAAAAGGAUAAGGAGAAACUUGCACGUUUGUUGGAUCACCAGAAACACUAUUUGGUUACUCCAGAAAUUCGAAGGGAGCUUCGAGGGAGCUGCAACAGGGGUGAAAAAGAUACAAAUUUGCAUACUUUGUCACCUAUCUCCGUCAUUACCAAGCCUAUCGAGGAAGACAAAUGGGACGUACCACAAGUGCCAAUGGAGGAAGAUUAGCCAGAUUCUCCAACAUCGAUUUUUACACUUCAUUUGUUUUUGAAUUAAAUUUCUAAAGAUAUUGCUGUAUUUUAUUGGGCGUGAACUUUUAGUGCCAAUAUUGGGGUAAAAUAGGUUCCCAGUAGAUUGGGCCCCCAAUGUUCUGAGGGCAUUUUGCAGUCGGAAUGUGAUUCACACACAGAAAAGUUUGUUUUGAUCAUUUGGAGCAUUCCAAGGGGGCAUUCAGCAUGGACAUGUAGCAUACUGUCUUUCGCAGAAGUGGGUAAGAAAUGGUUGAUCAUGUUACUUUGUAGCUGCGACAACUAAAGGUGUACCAUACUUGAACCAGAAAUGAAAAUGAAUAACCCGGAGUUCGUUUGGUUUU